GAGGGGCGGGGCGCGCGCUGCUCGCGUGUGAGGGAGCAGGGCGCCCACGGCGGCGGCGACGCGGCGGAUGACAACAUCAGGCCGCGACGCGCUCGGGGCCGGGCGGCGGUGGGCUCGCUAGCCGGAGCGGCUGCAGCGUUGGCUCCAGGCUGUGGCGGCCGCCCGCGGAGGCCGUCAGGUGUGGGCCCGCCCAGAGCGGCGGCUUUGAGUGCGGGGCGGGAGUUCCCGUCGCAGUCGCGGGCGGAGCCGGCAGCGCCCUCGGUCCGGCCUCGCGGCGGAGAGAAGUUGGGGUCCGAGAGGACGCGUGCGGGGCUCCGGAGGAACCGACCCCCCCCGCGCCCCGCGUCUCCGGGGGCCCCGCACCGGUUUUCCACAUUUACAGGAUGGCUAAACAUUAAUGGAAAGAAAAGCUUAAGCCUAUCUUCUUUCACUAUGGAGUCAAAUUUGGCAGAUGGAGAGCCUGACCGAGCUUCGCUUCUUGGUGAUAGCAAAGAUGUCCUUGGGCCCUCAACUGUGGUAGCAAACAGUGACGAAUCUCAACUUCAGACACCAGGAAAGAUGAGUCAGCGCCAAGGGAAAGAAGCUUACCCAACGCCAACCAAAGAUUUGCAUCAGCCAUCUUUCAGUCCAGCAAGUCCUCACAGCCAGGGUUUUGAAAGAGGGAAAGAAGACACUUCUCAAAAUAAAGAUGACUCUUCACUUUCUAUGUCGAAGAGUAAGUCUGAAUCCAAACUUUACAAUGGCUCAGAGAAAGAGAAUUCAACUUCAAACAAGCUCACAAAAAAAGAAUCGCUCAAGGUGCAAAAGAAAAACUAUCGAGAAGAAAAGAAAAGAGCCACAAAAGAGUUACUCAGCACAAUCACAGACCCUUCUGUGAUUGUUAUGGCUGACUGGUUGAAGAUCCGUGGUACUUUAAAGAGCUGGACCAAGUUAUGGUGUGUGUUGAAACCUGGGGUUUUGCUCAUCUACAAAACCCAAAAAAACGGUCAGUGGGUGGGGACAGUUCUCCUGAAUGCCUGUGAGAUCAUUGAGCGUCCGUCAAAAAAGGAUGGCUUUUGCUUCAAACUCUUCCAUCCUUUGGAGCAGUCGAUUUGGGCAGUGAAGGGUCCAAAAGGUGAAGCAGUUGGUUCGAUAACUCAGCCCUUGCCUAGCAGUUACUUGAUCAUCCGAGCUACUUCUGAGUCCGACGGAAGGUGCUGGAUGGAUGCCUUGGAGCUGGCCUUGAAAUGUUCUAGUCUUCUUAAGCGAACAAUGAUCAGGGAAGGGAAGGAACAUGACCUGAGCAUUUCAUCAGAGAGCACACAGGUCACUUUGUAUGGCCUGUUGCGUGCGAACAAUCUCCACAGCGGUGACAACUUCCAGUUAAAUGAUAGUGAAAUUGAACGCCAGCAUUUCAAGGACCAAGAUAUGUAUUCUGAUAAAUCCGAUAAGGAAAAUGAUCCAGAGCAUGAUGAGUCUGACAACGAGGUGAUGGGGAAAAGUGAAGAGAGUGACACAGAUACAUCAGAGAGGCAAGAUGACUCCUACAUCGAACCUGAGCCGGUGGAGCCCCUGAAGGAGACGACCUACACGGAGCAGAGCCACGAAGAACUCGGAGAGGCAGGCGAGGCUUCUCAAACAGAAACUGUUUCCGAAGAAAACAAAAGUCUCAUCUGGACGCUGCUGAAGCAAGUCCGUCCCGGCAUGGACCUGUCCAGGGUGGUCCUCCCAACAUUCAUCCUGGAGCCUCGCUCUUUCCUGGACAAACUUUCAGAUUACUACUAUCACGCAGACUUCCUGUCUGAUGCUGCCCUUGAAGAAAAUCCUUAUUUUCGCUUGAAAAAAGUAGUGAAAUGGUAUUUGUCAGGAUUCUACAAAAAGCCAAAGGGACUGAAGAAACCUUACAAUCCUAUUCUUGGUGAGACUUUCCGUUGUUUAUGGAUUCAUCCCAGAACAAACAGCAAAACCUUUUAUAUUGCUGAGCAGGUGUCCCACCAUCCACCAAUAUCUGCGUUUUAUGUUAGUAACCGAAAAGAUGGAUUUUGCCUUAGUGGUAGUAUUCUCGCUAAAUCCAAAUUCUAUGGAAACUCACUGUCUGCAAUCCUGGAAGGAGAAGCCCGGCUGACAUUCCUGAACAGAGGCGAAGACUAUGUCAUGACCAUGCCAUACGCUCACUGUAAAGGAAUUCUCUAUGGCACAAUGACAUUGGAGCUUGGAGGAACGGUCAAUAUUACCUGUCAAAAAACUGGAUACAGUGCAAUACUUGAAUUCAAACUAAAGCCAUUUCUAGGUAGUAGUGACUGUGUCAAUCAAAUAUCAGGGAAACUUAAAUUGGGAAAAGAAGUCCUCGCUACUUUGGAAGGCCAUUGGGACAGUGAAGUUUUCAUUAACGACAAAAAGACGGAUAAUUGUGAAGUUUUCUGGAAUCCUACCCCAGACAUUAAGCAGUGGCGAUUAAUAAGGCACACUGUAAAAUUUGAAGAGCAGGGAGAUUUUGAAUCAGAAAAACUCUGGCAGCGAGUAACUCGAGCCAUAAAUGCCAAAGAUCAAACAGAAGCUACUCAAGAGAAGUAUGUUUUGGAAGAAGCUCAAAGACAGUCUGCCAGAGAUCGGAAAACAAAAAGUGAAGAAUGGGCUUGCAAAUUAUUUGAUCUCGAUCCACUCACAGGAGAAUGGCACUACAAGUUUGCAGAUACUCGACCAUGGGACCCACUUAAUGACAUGAUACAGUUUGAAAAAGAUGGUGUCAUCCAGACCAAAGUGAAGCAUCGCACUCCAAUGGUUAGUGUCCCAAAAAUGAAACAUAAGCCAACCAGACAACAGAAGAAAGUCACCAAAGGCUACUCAUCCCCAGAGCCUGAUAUCCAGGACUCAUCUGGAAGUGAAGCUCAAUCGAUAAAACCAAGUUCAAGAAGAAAGAAAGGAGUAGAACUGGGAGAUAUUCAGAAUUCCAUCGAAUCUAUAAAGCAAACACAGGAAGAAAUUAAAAGAAACAUUACGGCUCUACGAAAUCACUUAGUUUCAAGUCCACCUGCCACAGAUUAUUUUCUGCAGCAAAAAGACUACUUCAUCAUCUUCCUUCUGAUUCUGCUUCAAGUCAUAAUAAACUUCGUGUUUAAGUAGAAGUUCUUUACAGUUGACUCAAUCAAGUGGAGCGAUCAGAUUUGGCCUGGGACCAGUGUUCAAGCUGGUUUGGUCUUUAUUAAAACAUCACAAUAUUUCUAAAACAAACAAAGAAAGAAAACCUUAGAAAUAAAAGUAGAGGUACUGACCUUUCAUACCUUUUCUCCUUAAUCUGAAGCAAAAGCUUUCCUCUUUGUCUAUUAAAAGUGAGCUAUGUGUUAAGUGCCAGAAAAUUCCUAGCUUUUGUGAGAAUGUGUCUACAUGUGAACAUAAAAAAAUCACAUGUGUAUACACAAUUGUGUCUUAUGUAUACCUGACAGUAGUUUUUGUAUUCUGUAGUAUAUGUUCUCAGAUAUAGCAGUUAACAGAAAUGCUAUCAGUCUUAUAAAUAUAUAUAUAGUAAAGUAUUUUAUUCAUAAAACAGGAACAAAAAUUUAUCAGUAAGAUAUUACAGAAUGGGGAAUGAUGAGAUAUGAUAGGCAUUAUAAAUAGUUCAACAGUUGUAGUCUUUACAAAAAUAGUCAUUUCCCAGAACACCAAGCUCCAUUGUCUUAUAAGAAGCAACAAGAAAAAAAAUGUGUUGUCAGAAUUGACAUAUUGAGGAAAAUAGAUGGCAUAUUGAUUUCCUUUUAAAAGUUUACACAGGAUUUUUAACCCCUAGAAUUUAAUAUUUAUAGUUGUGUAGCUUUACAUGUAUUAUGUGUAUUAAAAACUGAUAUGCAGCUACUUGGUUCGACUGGAGAUACCACUCUUACCAUAUAAAUAUAACACCACCUUCAGCACUUGCUAAAAAGAGUUCGGGCCACUUGAUUGCUGGUUUUUUUUUUUUUUUUCUUUCUUCAUUUUUUUAUAAGUCAACUGGUAUGUAUAUAGGCCAAAUUGGAGAAAUGUUUCUGGAGCAUAUGAAAUGCUAAUUCAUGUUUUUUUCAUAAUGAAAAACUUAUUUUAGCGUUCGUUCGUUUAGAUCCUGGUGUUUUCAGUGAAUAAGUAGAUAGAAAAUUAUUUGUAACCAAUAUUUUGCUUCAGAAGCCAAAAAGAAGAAGAAGAAGAAAAAAAAGGCAAGUAAGAUGUUCUACAAGGUGCAUUUAUUUAUGUGUGCAUUAAAAUUGACUUCUUUAAAAUGUGCAAUAGAGCAUCUAAAAAAGAUCACUGUAUUCUGGAACUUAAGCUGUUUUCUUCCUUUUUCUUUGUAACUUCAUCAGCGGCUAACCACAGUUCUGUUGAGAUACCUUUUAUCCAAGCUUAGGCUAACUUCUCCCUAAGCUUUACUUUUUUUUUUUUUUGUCAAAUAUUUUUUACUUUGUUUUUACAUAAAUAUUUAUAGUCCUUAAGGCAAUGCUGAAAAUACAGUUAAGCUUAGGAACAUGUUGCUAAGCAUCCUUGAGGCCUGAAAACCUAACUUUUGAAAUGGGCACUAAUGAAAAUGAAGGUCCAAAAUAAUAAUGGCUUGGGUUACACUUUCCUUAAAGAAGAAAGUGUGAGACCCUAGUGAAAGUACAAUCAACUGUUUAUUCCACAGUAGGUUAUCAAGGAAUAGUUAGUAAAUUAUGAAAAUUGAAAAUUAUUUUUAAGGCCUGCUUCCCCCACCCCAGCCCGCCAGCCAGUAUAGCUAUCUUAAGUAGCCAUAGAUUUUCUGAAGUGCUAAUUCCGCAUGUAUUUUUGACAAGCCAGUGCUGUAAUCAGUACAUAUGAAAACAAUUUUUAAAUGAUUAAAGUGUAGCCAGAGAUGAGCAGUGCUCUGGUAAAAAAAGAAAGUGUAACAUAUAGUUGAAACCAGUGCAGUCUGGGUAAACAGGACUAUACUAGGACAGACAGGGUCUGUCUGUAUUUCCUACUUGUGAAUAGAAUUUUUGUACUUGCUUCCUGUUUCCAGUGCUUCGCUCAACUGCCUAUUCAUUGACAUGCUCUUUUAUAAAUAUUGUACAAUUUGAUCUUUUUAUGGUUUAAAUUAGUAUUAAUUUAUAUUACACAUAACUUGAUUGGCUGGCCACAAAAGUCAUUCUGUUCAGAUCUAAAAACCUGAAACAUUGUUAGUCACCCUCCCUCUGAGGCAUUGGUCUUAUCUACUUGUAUGCUACUUUCAUUUGGUCUUAAUAGUGUUUUAUUUGUAUGGCUAUUUCCUAAGGUUAGAAAGGUAAUUUUUUUUUUCAAUUUUCUUUUUAGGACAGAUGUUAUGGGUUCUUAUCAUCCACCAAGUCAAAAACUAUUUCAUGAGAAAAAGCAGGGUUACUCAUGACUGUUCACUAUACACUAAAGGCAUGUAUCUGAUCUAAUUGUCCCCUUGUGCUUUUAGUUGUAUGAGUUCCUUUCUGUGAACUGAACAAAAACUCAGGAAUUGGUGGCUUAGUUUUAGAUCAUUACUUAUACCAGGCUAAGUAUGUGAGUCCUCUUAAACACACAGUUCACUUUGUAUUUAGCCAUAUAUGUAAUUGACUUUGAAUGUCCUUUACCCGGGGUUUAUCUUUCUUAUUUUCAUGGAUUCAAAAAUAUUGUAAUUUACAGUUCCCAGUUGUCUCAAGAGCUUCAUGAUGGUUUUUCUAGGGUUUAAUACCUUAUGGCCAGUUUUUGAGUUGAAUCAAAAUUUUAUUUUUUCACAUGAAAAUCUGAAUGAAUAGUAGUUAUUGACACAUGCAUUUCUGUGUUAGUCAUUAAAUAUACUAUGCCUUCAGCUAUCUACCAUUAAUGAGACUUAGCUGAUCCAACAAAAGAUUUUUAAGAAAAUGGGACGUGUGAAACAAGUUUCAGCAAUAGAUAUUUUCCUUGUAUGUUAUAUCAGUUCUUUAUUUGUAUCACUUAUAAAGGUACAGUGUACUCUUGUCACCAUUCCAUUUAGAAAGUUGGCCUUGUAAAAUACAACGUUUAGUAUUCACUCUUCUGUGCCUUUAAAAAUAUACUUUUUGUCGUUUUUGUGUUACAAAAGAGUCAAAGUGUUUAUAGGCUUGUCAUAAAAAGGUCAUUUCUCUGUCACUUUAUUUCCUUUUACAUAGCUAUCUUGUAUUUAAACAGUAAUGCUGUACUUUUAUAAGGAUUUGCCUAUUUCAAAUAUAUUUACUCGCAAGCAUCAUUGAAGUAGAUUUGUCAGAGUAUUCUGAGUAUUGUUAAGCAGUGCCUUUUCUAUGGAAUUCACACUAGGUUGGGUUUUUUUUUUUUUUUGGAGGGUGGGUGGUAAAUCUGUGCCAUAUACACACAAAAUUCUAUGGAAGGCAGUUUUAACUGUUUGAAGAAUAUCUUCCAGAAACACUUAAGAAAAUAAUAGAACUGCAUUUUUCCCCACAGUUAGCAUUUCUGGUGAGCAGUGGAAUAUGUUUUCUGGGAUAUUUGUUUGCUAUACAGGGACGAUGGCAUUGAUGAGCCAUAUAAGACAUGAGUUGUGUUAAAUGUAGAGAUACAAAAUUUGCAUUUAUACCAAAUUUUCCAUUUGGCAACAGGGAAGAAGAACCCUACAUAGAUCACUAAGCAUUUCACCUUCUACCCUAUUUGAUUACAUGGAAGAAGAGAUUCUUUAAAAUGUAUAACCUGCCACUAUUAUAUAAUUUGGUUUCACUAAAUUUACCUCUAGUGUGAACUUAGUAUAUUUAAUUUAGUUUUGCUUACUUUAACAUCAUUUUGUUACAGUUUGUAAUUGAAGAUGGACUGUUAAAAUUGUAUAGGACCAGUGUCUCAUUAGUAUGAUUUUAAAUAAGAGCCACAAGAAACCCAUGACGAAAUGAAUGUGAACAUAGUUUCUUAAAGUAGCUAGAAAAUUUUAUCUUUUUGCAUUUAUCAUGUAAAAUUAUUUUAAUAUUACACUAUUGAAAUUUAUUUUUAAAAAAUGCCACAAAACAUUUGAACUGAUGAGCACAGAACUUCAGUUGUAAAAUGUUUUCACUUUUCAGCAUGCUAAAUAUACUUCUAAAUUAAAUAUCCUGUUUAGUGGCCAUUUAUAAAUUCAGACACCAUCACUGGUCAGUUUUGUAUGAUAGAAUAAAUUAUGUUAUCUUCAGUGUAAGUACAGCACACUGUCAGAUUCUUUUCCUUACGGUGCAUAGUUAAUGUACAGAUAGUCAUAGACUACUGUUUUGUAUUGUAUUACAUUUCUAAUCUCUAUUCCUAACCUGUUAUAAUUGUUUGCAGAGACAAAAGCAUUGAAUUUUUCUAAUGAUCUGUAAAAUUAUGCUAACUUCUACAAGUAGGCAUUCUAAAUAAAAUUUUAAAAAGAGUA